AUGGACAGAAGUCGUCCUGUCCGACCGGUGACUCUGACUGGAUCGGAAAUCACACACGUUGCAACAUUGGCGGUGAAUGCACUGCGCGGAUUGGAUAUCCGCUGCAUUCUGGUGGGAGGAGCGGCUUGCAGUGCAUUCGGAAGUUCGCGAGUCGCCCGGAAUGUAGACAUCGUGGUUUUGUCCACCGACGUUGGUCGGGAGGAGAUCAAACAGAGGAUGGCUGCUAGAGACAGCAGCUUCUUCCUCGCGUCGCCCGAAAACCCACACGCAGCGUACAAGGUCUUGUGGUACGACAUACCCCCCACGGCGGUCCCCCGGAGCCGCCACCUGCCACCGAUCAUCCGUCCGUGCAGGGUCAACAUCCUCGCGCCAGGCGUAAUGAACAUCCCCGACGUUCCUCAGGGAUGCGCCGCGGAGAUCAGGGGUCUCCCCCUCAUGCCGCUCAUACCCUUGUUGAUGUUGAGACUUCAAGACUGGACGGAACACCGGAAGCUGGGGGUUGGAUCCAGACGAUCUUUCCAGCAAGGAAAUGAUGAUUUCCUUACCAUAGGGGACCUCCUCGAUAUUGGGGUGCGUCGGGGAUACACCCUGGAUGCCUGCAGAGCGUGGCUACCUGUCAGUCUUUUGGAAACAGCCGAGCAGCAGAUUCCUACGUAUAAUAACUACCAUCCGAUGAAGGCAGGUCAUUGGCAGAGGCUGGGAUUUUCUGCCGCUUCAGCACAGGGCUGGCUUCCAAACGGGGUAUUCAGUGCUGCUCAAACCUCCCAGAUGUUUGAAUCACUCGCGAAGAUGAAUAUAUAA